GUUCCCUUCGGGAUGGCGUCUAACGCCGCCCGCCGGCCGCGCUGCCGGGAACGGAGCCGCCGGGGCCGGUCGGGACGGGGAUCGGUGACCGCCGGCCGCAGCCGGGAGCGAGAGGGGGGGUCCCGGGAGAUCCCAGGAGCAGCGUCACCGCCGCCGGGGGAUGCAGACGCUUCGGGCCACCCUGAGGAAGGAGGCGAAGCCACCAAGUCCCAGAAAAAAACUGCCCGAAACCAAAAAUCGAAAACUGGUCCCGGUGACCCCAAUGGCCCGGCCUCGGCGGAGAGCGGGGCGCACGGCGAGCCCUCGAGGACCUCAGAGAACGGGUCCGUGCCGCCCCCGAAGGCACCCGGGAAGCGCGGUCGGAAGUCCAAGACGGAGAUGCUGCUGCUGAAACUGUCCCAGGACCUGGAGUGCCCGGCCCCGGAGCCCAUCUGUGUGCAGAAGAUGCUGGGGAGCAGCCAGGCGGCAGAAGGCCUGGAGACCCCCCCCGCCGGGCGGGCUGAGCUGGAGGCCGGUGGUGCAUCCGGACAGCCUGGGCAGGAGCAAAUUGCUUACCCAGACCCUGCGGGGUCCUGGAGGGGGGGUCUGGCUGGUCCCUGUGCGCUCCCCCCACUCACCUCCAGGCAAUGCCUUUGGUGUCCCAGGGCUCUGCUGUACCUGCAGGAGCUGGCGGAGGAGCUGACGUCUGUGUACCAGCCCCCGGCCCCCACCCAGGAGGCCCAGGAGCCAGAGCUCGAGCGUAUCCAGAAGAAGCGUCAGAGCCGGAGGAGGAAGGAGGAGGAAACGGAUAGCGAUGAUCCGGCACGAGACGCUGACUUUGUGCCCUCCAAGGAGGUGCUGCUGCAGGCGGAGGAGGAGGAGGGGAGCGACGCGCCGCUCAGCGAAGCGUCAGAGCCAGAGCUGGAGUCUCUCAGAGGACAUGGUGGGAAGACGUCAUCUGCAGGGAGAUCCAAGCCCCAGUGCCGAGGCCUCGCUCCCAACGGCUUCCACAACUCCAUCAUGGCCCCGGUGGAGAAGUGCUCCAGCCUCACCUGCAACCUGCGGGAUCAGAAGUACUCGCAGUGGGAGUUCCCCGACUGGAUCCCUUUGGUGCACAACUGGACGUGUCUCUCGGAAAGUGAAGCUGCCCCAUACCUGCCAGCAGAGGAGAAGUCUCCCUUCUUCUCCAUCCAGCGGGAGGGCAUCGAAGACGAUGGUGUCUUGUACAGGGUGAACAGGUUCAGCUCCCUGCAGCCCCAUGAGGAGCGCCGGGACAUGUCUUUCUUCGUGGGGGGCCCCGUGUGGGCCAUGGAGUGGUGCCCGUCCCCGGAGGGCUCGGCGGCCACUCAGUACGUGGCCGUCUACUGCCACGGCAGCAUGGAGGAGACGCACAGCGUGGCCGGGCUCCACGGGGGCCCCGCGCUCCUGCAGCUCUGGGGCCUGGGGACGCUGCAGCCGGAGCCGGGCCCCCCCGAGGCCGCCGGGCUGGCCUACGCCAUCGCCACCGACCACGGCUGCGUCUGGGACAUGAAGUUCUGCCCCAGCGGGGGCUGGGAGCUGCCCACCGCCCCCAGGAAGCCCCCGCAGAUGAGCCGGCUGGGCCUGCUGGCCGUGGCCUUCUCGGACGGGAAGGUGCUGCUGUACGCGCUGCCGCACCCCGCCGCCCUGCGCCGCGCCAAGGACACACAGGUAAAAGAUGGGUCCCUCCACAAGCACAUUAUCUGCAAGGUGCAGUGUGUGGCCACGCUCCAGGUGGGCUCCAUCCAGGCAGGGAGUGCCUCCGAGUGCGGGCAGUGCUUCAGCCUCUCCUGGAUGCCCUCCAAGCCCCACCAUCACCUCGCCGCCGGGUUUUAUGACGGCACGGUGGCUCUCUGGAACCUGCUCACCAAGUCCCUGCUGCAGUGUGUGCACCAGCCCGACGGCUCCCUCAAGCUCUACCCGUUCCGGUGCUUUCUCGCCCACGACCACGCCGUCCGGAGCAUCGAGUGGUGCAAGGCCGAUAGCAACUUCCUGGUCACGGCAGGGAGCGACCGUAAGAUCAAGUUCUGGGACCUGCGGCGGCUCUACGAGCCCAUCAACAGCAUCAAGCGGUUCCUCAGCACCGAGGUGGCCUGGCUGCUGCCCUACAACGGCGUCACCGUGGCCCAGGACAACUGCUACGCCUCUUACGGUCUCUGUGGGAUCCACUACAUCGACGCCGGGUACUUGGGCUUCAAAGCUUAUUUCGUGGCCCCUCGCAAGGGCACCGUGUGGAGCAUCUCCGGCUCGGACUGGCUGAACACGGUGGCCGCAGGGGACAUCACGGGCGAGCUGCUGGCUGCGGUGCUGCCCGACCUGGCCAUCAACCCCCUCAACGUCAAGCGUUCCUCCGACCGCAGAUUUCCGGUCUACAAAGCCGACCUGCUGCCGGGGGACGGGGAGACGGCGCUGCCCAAGACCAGGCGCUACGGCGAGAUGGUGACCAAGAGCUACAUCCGAUUCCGGGACACGGACCUGCGCAGCUUCAAGAACUUCCCCAGCCGGGAGCCCAUGCGCAGGAUGCAUGCACAGGAGGCCAAGGGGGACCUGAGCCUCGACCGCCUGCAGCUGGAGUCCCUGCACAAGGUGCGCUUCAGCCCCAACCUGGACUCGCACGGCUGGCUGGUGUCGGGCGGGCAGGCGGGCAUCGUGCGGGCACACUGCCUGGCCGGGCUGGCCACCGCCGUCAGCCACCGGCUACUCCCCGAGCGCCGUGCCCGCUUCAGCUCCCUCUUCAGGGACCAGCCCGGCAGCCCCAGCCCCAACGGGAGCCCCCCGUCGCCCACCGAGUAGUGCAGGGGCACCCCUCGUGCUGCCGCCACAUGUGCUUGCCCCCGGCAGGAGCUUGGGCCAGGCUGCACUGGCCGGGGAUCGGGGGGGGCUCUGUGCCCCCUCUCGGUGCUUCUUGCCCCCUGGGCCCCCACUCUGCAGGAGGGAUGGCUGCUCCUGGCUGUCACCUGGGAUGCUGGGGACACUUGUCCUCGUGCUCUGGGUCCAGAAGGAUCCUUUUGCGCUGUUUGGUAUGAGCUGGUGCAGGGAGGGUGCUGGGACGCUGCGUGUCCCUGGGUUGAGCUGUGGGGUCUUGGGGCCUGUCGCCGGGGGGAGCAUCCCCCGGGCCCCCCACAUGUGUGGGGCUGUGCUUGUUCUCGCCUCCUGCCCCCCGUCGCCGGCUGAGCCCCCCACGGAGGGGAUGGACGGGGCUGGCAGAGGUGCCAGGAGCUCUGAAGUCGCUCACAUUGAGCCCGUGUUCGACUGUGCAGUAA